AUGGCUGCCACUGAGAAGAAGCGAACGGUAUUUAGCUUCGAUGACGAUGAUGACGACAAUGAUUCCAUCAUUCAGUCUGUUCAACCUUUAACAAAUACAGUUGUUGAUCGUUCAGCUUUUACAGCUUCUGAAUUCGAUCCUGACAGUUAUCUCUCCAGUCGAAGACAUCUCGGUUUAGAACGUCUCAAAACUGAACUAAACUCGCAUUUGAAAUCAUUAAAAACAGAACUUGUGGAGCUUCUCAAUCGAGAUUACCAAGACUUCAUCAACUUAUCCACUAACUUGAAAGGAAUUGAUAAAGAUAUCGAGCAGCUGAAAUCGCCACUAACCGACAUGGAAAGAGAAGUGGAGCAAAUACGCGACUCUUUUCAAGGUGUUAUUGAUUCUUUAGAAACUCAGUUAGACAGCAGGGCACAGCUUCAGGAUAAGAAGUCUGUUUUGAAACUCUUGAUGAAUAUUCAUAACUCUUUGUCCAAAGUUGAAGACCUUCUGGGCAUCAGCGCGGAUAUGUCAAAAAGUACACUUAACAGUUUUACUGAAAAGGAUGAAGUGGUGACUGUAGAUGAUAAUCUAGGGAAGCAGAUUGAAAGAGUGGCAAUAGAGUACAAUCAAAUGCAGCAUUUGGUACGACGAGGCAAAGAUUUAGCAUUUGUGGCAGAAAAUGAAUGGAGAAUUGCUAGAAUAAAGGACAUUAUGGAACAAACAUUAUCCAGGGCACUGUCAGUUGCAUUGGACAAGAUACGACAAGAAAAAAUGACAGAUGCUACGAAACAGUCUUUAGUACAGUGUCUGAGAGUGUAUGUCCUCAUCGACCAAACACAUGUGGCUGAGGCUAAAAUACGGAAUGAAUUCAUUAGACCGUUUUUAAAGACGCUAAUUAACAAAGAUGCUGUGGAAGUGAAGAGAAGCGCACCGCUCGAGAAAGAAGAACACCCAUUAGCAUCAAUAUAUAAAAAAAUCCUGGCAUUUGCGUCAGAAGAAUUAAAGCCCAUUUUGGAUAUCUCGCAGAAAACGCUAAAAGCCUCCAAUUAUGAAAUUUUGGUAAAUUCGUUAUGGUUAGAGACAGCCGAGAGAUUAACUCGGGAAUGUAAAAGUAUAUUUGCUGCUGGUCAAGCAGAUAUUUUCCAUCAGAACUAUUCUGCAACGAUAUCAUUUAUAUCUAAUUUGGAAGGCUUAUGUGCAUCGAGAAAGUCAAUAUUAUACCUUCGUAAACAUCCAUCUUAUGCAGAAUUCAUGAAGAAAUGGCAAUUGCCAGUGUACUUUCAACUUCGAUUCCGUGAGAUAGUUACUGAAGUGGAAAACGUUUUGAAUGAUCCUACAAAAAGUUUUCGGAUAGUUAAGGAAAGCAAAGACUCGAUGACCGUCGCAAGCAAAAUAAUAGUGAAGGCAAUUAAGCAAUGUUGGUCCGAUGACAUAUUUCUUUUUGGGCUGUCUCAUCGCUUCUGGAAAUUAACGCUACAAUUAAUCAAACGUUACACUAUUUGGUUGAGCGAUGUUUCAAAGAUCAAAAAUAAGGCUACCUCAACCAAAACACUUAAAAGUGAUGUGGAAAAGAUGGUAGCAAAGCUUCUAGCUACUAUGAAUGAUACCAUACUUCCCAAGUUACCUUCGAAUAUGCAAAAUUUACCCUCAAUAAAAGAAGAAUUCAUUGAAGCAUUAGAUCAAGUGAAAAAAUGCGUAGCAGAUUUAUCGUAAUGCAAGAAACUACUUUUGGAUUUUAAUCAUUUGCUAGAAAACUAGAAAUAUAG